CCUCAGCCAGUCCACUCUCCCAAAAACCUCCCCAAACCCCCAAAUCUCCCAUCCCAUCCCAUCACCGCUUCCCAGCUCAGCUCAGCUAUCUCCGAGGCUCUGCUCAUUCUCUUCUCUUCUCCACUCCCGUCCUUGUUCCUCGCGCUUUCGUUUCGUUGCUGCGCUCCACGCUCCUCUGUUCCUCUCGUCGAGUUAAAAUUUUACGGAGUUCGAAAACCGUUAUUAUCCCGGCGCCUCGCGGCAGGCAGAGGGCUUUACUGCGCUGUUACAUUUCUGCUCGCCUUUUUUCUAAAUAAAAAGAAGGUAAAGAGGAGGAGGAGGCCGUCUUUAUUGCCUUCCCCUGCGCCUGCUUCUGCUCGCAUCCUCACUCCGUCCUCCUCACUAUUGCCGUUCCUUUGGUCUUAUUCCCCUGCUGAUCCGCGCGCGGAGCAGGAGCGAGCGAUCCACCCGCUCAAUCGAUCGUCAGCUUGCUCGGUUAAGGCUGCAGCUUCCUUUCCUGCUGGGGCCAGGGGGCUCCUUCUGAGCUUUCUACCUGUGUCUUCAAAGGGUUUUUGGGCGAGAGAGACAUCGGUAUCCUCCUUUGUGUGGUUUCCGCGUUUCCGGUGGUGGCGCGUGCCAUGUCGCGGUCGCGUACAGUGCGAAUCUACUGGGACGAUCCCGACGUGACGGACUCGUCCAGUGAGGACGACGAGGGCUGCGCCGCUCGGAGGGUGGGAAGGAUGGUGCGGGAGCUUCCGCCGGCCCCGGCGCCGCUUGUGCAGGCUGCUGCUGCUUCGCCGGAGCAGUGCAGCGCGGGAGACGACGACCUGCCGAGGCGUGUUGGUGGAUGUACCGGUGCGCGGAAGAGGCUGGCCAAGGGCGGCGGCUCCGCUGCGCAGAGCACCAAGUUCCGCGGCGUCAGGCGGCGGCCGUGGGGCAAGUACGCGGCGGAGAUCCGCGACCCGUGGCGCGGCGUGCGCCUCUGGCUCGGCACCUUCGACACCGCCGAGGAGGCCGCGCGCGUGUACGACAACGCGGCCAUUCAGCUCCGCGGCGCCACCGCCACGACCAACUUCUCCACGUCCACCAACUCGGAGGGCGGCCAGGAGGACCUGACGGCGGCCGGGUACGAGUCCGGCGCGGAGUCCUCGCAGGCGGUGUCGUCCCCGACGUCCGUGCUCCGCAAGGUGCCGUCGAUGUCGUCCUUGGCGGAGGACAGGGGCGACUCGGAGGCCUGCCAAGGCGACGCCGCCGCUGCUGGCAGCAGCCUCAGCGUUCCGGAGGAGUUGGGCGAGUUCGUGCCGUUCGAGGACGCACCGGUCUACUCCAGCAGCAGCUUCUGGGACUUCGAGCCGCAGUCGGGGUUCCUCUACGCCGAGCCGUCCUCAGCCGAGGAGGCUUCGUGGGACGCGUCCGCCGGCGGCGAGGCCGAGCCGUGGGCCGCGCCGGUGCAGGAGAACGACUACUUCCAGGAUUUGCGCGACCUGUUCCCGCUCAACCAGCUUCCCGCGAUUUUCUAGACGGGGGCGACGGAGCUUGCUUCCCUAUCUUUUUUCGUGUAUGUCGAGAGUAUUUUGUCGUGUACGUGUGGUGUGUCCCCGUGUAUUUGUAACAUGUCCGUGUGCGUUGCUGCUUUUCUGUGUUGAGUCGACGAGAAGAGAAAUAUAUGAUCCGGGUAAAGUUUCCAAGUGCUA